AUGAGUUCUGUGCAGGACUUUGACUCUAUAAGAGCCCACCCGCGGCGCCGGCCCGUCAGGGCAGCCCCGUCCCUCAUCUCAUCCGAAGAACAUUUAUCCUCAUCGUCUCCCCGUCUUCGUCUUCGCAAAGGUCAAACAUUCCAUCCGUCUCUUCUUCGCUCUUCCGAUCGUGACCCUCUGGUACCAUCGCUGCCUCGCCGCUCUCCCACAUGCCCUGGCGCCUUGGAAGCUAUCGCCGCUGGUCAACAGCGCAUGGCCGACAUUUUGGACCGCCUUGACUUGAACUCGUUUUCAUCUCCCGCCUCGGCAGAAGACCACGACGACCUUCCCGUCCCCAAGGGACUUCUUCAGCUUCACCUACAGUCGCAAGCUCGGAAGGAGGGUUCUACUGAACCCCGUUCACGCCAACCCAGCCCUAUGCCCAAGGAACGUUCUCGGAAGGCUCAGAGAGUGCACUGCCAUGCCUCUGACAGUGGACUCGGCACAUCGAUCAGCAGCAUGCAGUCCGUGUCCUCUAACAAAGUGAAAGCAGGCCAACUGUCCCGUGGUAACAGCAAUCUGGCUGCCACGCGCUCUCAGUCAGCUAUUACCCGUUCGAUCAGUGCCAUGGAGGUUGAGAGUGCUCAGCAACACAAGCUCAGCCCCAGCGGUCGCUCUGAGAUCGAAAAGCAUGUGCUUGGUCCUCUUCUCGAAACCGAGGGCCUCAAACCAUUCCACCCUCUUCUCCAGGAUGUUCGUCAACAGAUUGACGACGAACGCAUCUCCUGCUUGCGUGACCUCGAGAAGACCGUCUUCUCACUCGCUCCUGAUGUGAAAACCAGUGAUGGCGCUUAUGCUCGGUUCUGCCAGCACACUAUCCUGUGCCUCAGUCAGACAGUCUCUUCCUUGAGUGGCCGUGACUUGUGUAUGCCGACCGACAAGCAAUACAACAACGGCUAUUUCGUCGAUCUUUUGGAACAGGUUACCCGUUUCAAGCGAAUCCGGGACGAAUGGCGAAAGAGGACCGAAGAGGGAAAGCAAUCCAAGGCACCUGAACUCAUUCUCGAGGGUGGAAUGUCCAAAACCGGCCGCCCCGCUGAACUUGUCUUUGAGCGUGAUGGCGAGUUGGUCUCUCUGCGCACCGGCAAGCCUUAUGACGCAUGUGCGAUUCCUUCCAUGAAGCGGUCUCUGAGCGCAGCGUCGGCCGACGAGGGUGCUCAGCGCUCCAUGGCCCGCCGCAAGAAGAAUGCUCCUCCCAUGAACAUCAACAAGAAGUGCAAGGAUUGCGACAAGGUCUUUGCUCGGCCUUGCGAUCUUACCAAGCACGAGAAGUCCCACACUCGCCCCUUCAAGUGUCCGGUUGCCUCUUGCAAGUACCAUGCUAAGGGUUGGGCUACUGAGAAGGAGGCCGAGCGCCACUACAAUGACAAGCACUCCGACUCUCCCCGCCUCUACUCUUGCCAGUUCGAGUCCUGCUCGUACAAAUCUAAGCGAGAGAGCAACUGCAAGCAGCACAUGGAGAAAACUCAUGGAUGGGUCUACACUCGCUCAAAGAACAACGGUAGAACUAAGCGUGCCUCCACCCAGCAGAGUCCCGCACCUUCUAGUGGCUCUGUUCAAAUGAAGCCGGACAUGUCUGUUUGGAGCAUGACUCCUCCCUCCGAAGCUCCUGAAUUUAAACAGGAAUCAACCGGCUGGGACCUUGCUGCAACUCCUGAAACUCCAGAGUUUUCUUUCAAUGCCUUCCAGCACCCUAUGACCGGAAUGCCUACCCCCGUGACGGGACCAAUGGACGCUAUCACCCCUACCACGGGUACCAUUAACUCUCCUUCGGAGCCGCUCGAUUUUCCACCUGAGACUACUGCCUUUUCCAUUCAAGAUAUCUUUCCGGACAUGAAGGCUACUGAUGGUCUCUUGUUCAAUGAACUUGAUUUCCCAGACUUUAACCACAACCCCAACCUGUUCGCUGACCCUUUCUCUGGCUACGGUGAUUUUGCCAUGCCAGCUCAGCCCUUGAGCUACGGAGAGGUCCAAGUGCAGCAGCCUCAGUUCGAAGAUGAUUCUGCUGGAUUCCUCCUCGAUGUCUACAAUGACAUGCACACCUACGGGAUUAACCCCGGCCCUGGCGGUCUCUAA